GAAAACGGCCGAGCGGAAUCUCUCGGAAAAGUGUGAACAGUUGGGGGAAAACGGCGCGACCGCACGCCUGUUGCCAGGUUUUGGCGGCGGCAGGUGUUUUGUGAAUUUGCCCGCGGAUUUGAACGGUGUCCUUUCGCCGAAAAAAAGAGGUCUUUCUCAAAGUUGAGCCGGAGAGGAGUUCUCUCGUUCAGGAUGUCGGACUGAGACAAAGGGGUCUGGGGGGCAUUCCCGUUGGAGCGGUAAAACUUGAUUCUUGAAGUGUCCUCUGGAUGGGAAAGAUGGAGAGGGAGUUGCAGUGGUGGAAAGGACAGCUAGCUGCAGAUAUCCAUCAAUCCCUCCGCAUCAAGGAGCUGAAGCUACCGGUCUAUCGGGCCCACUCUCCGCAGAUUGGCAUGCGACGGUACUUUGCAGACUUGUUGGCCAUCCUGAGUAAUCGCUACCAGCUAUGUCCUACAGCGCGUCACCUAGCUGUCUACCUGCUGGACUUGUUCAUGGACCACUACGAUGUGGCCGUCAAGCAGCUCUAUGUCAUUGCCCUCUCCUGUCUGCUCCUAGCUAGUAAAUUUGAGGAGAAGGAGGAUCGGGUUCCUAAACUAGAGCAGCUGAACUCUCUGGGCUUUAUGUGCAGCCUAAACCUGGUUCUCAACAAGAAGGAUCUGAUCAAAAUGGAGCUUCUGCUGCUGGAGACCUUUGGCUGGAACCUGUGCAUGCCCACACCCGCCCACUUUAUUGACUACUACCUCCAUGCCUCGGUGCAGGAGGGCGACCUAUACAAUGGCUGGCCCCUCUCCUCCCUCUCCAAGACCAAGGCUUUCAUGGACAAAUACACUCACUACUUUCUAGAAGUCUCACUGCAAGACCACGCCUUCCUGAGUUUCCGACCGUCCCAGGUUGCUGCUGCGUGUGUUGCAGCAUCUCGCAUUUGCCUUCAGAUUUCCCCAAGCUGGACGACUGCUCUGCAUCUAUUAACAGGCUACACCUGGGACCACCUCACCCAGUGCAUUGAACUCAUGCUGCUUGCUCACGACAACGAUGUUAAGGAGGCCAACAAGACCAAAUCCACUCCUCCUCACCGACCAUCCUCUCUGCAGUCUCAGCCCCAGACCUCCCACCUCUCUCCAGUAUCAGCCAUCCAGAGACCAGCCUCCUCUUCCUCCUCCUCCUCCUCCUCCUCCACCUCCUCCACACCACAGCUGCUCUUUCAGCCGGACAGCUUCCCACACCUUACCCAGCAUUCCCCGUCCCUGUCCCAGCUGCAAGCGCUGGCUGACUCCCAGGCUUUGGGGCCUGUGGUGAACAUGUCUCAGGACUUCCUUCAGAGUCACAGAAUGGGUCUCCUCACCGGGGCUCCUUCCAUGACUCCUGGGGGUGGGUUCCCCUCUUACCCAAGCCUGACCUCUGGUCUCCAGCCAGGGGCUCGUGCGCUGCCGCUCCAGGGUCCCCUUUCUGUGCAGAUGGCCCUCGCUGGAGAGCCUCGCCACUGUCUGAGCAUGGCCUACAGCGGAGGCUACCUGGGGGCUCACACUUUCACAGCCGGCUGCUUUGACAGGUGACGCCAGGAGACGGAGAGGGAACACAAACCCCUGCGGGAGUGCACUGCUAUGCUUCCGUCCCAAGCCCCUACCCCAAAAUAUCCUUUUACAGACCUCCUCUCUCUCUCCGUCAGCUCCGCAACACCUUCAGCUUGUCCAGCUCCCCCGUCCCACUCACAGAGACACCUCAAACGCAAGCAGAGGUCCAAAGGCAAGACCGACCCGGUGGAAGUCAUCACAUUGACGUGACAAAUGCUCCACAGACUCCUAAUGAAAUACUGUAAAAAUGUUAUCGGCAUAUUCUGGACUGGUUUUAUAAAUCUGUUAUGAGACUGUCAUCACUGUGAAUGAGAUGAAAGCAGCCGUGUGAUCUAACACCCACCUCAUUCAGUGCCUGUUCUCAGUUGUGUGACAGCUGAGCCAAUUUUAGAAGUGCACAGAACACAAAGUAUCUGUGAUAAGGAUAUCUUGCUGCUUGCCAUAUAUUUUUUUUUUAUUUCUAAUCCCCAAAAAUUGAACACAUUUUAGAGAGGAAAAAUUGGCUGGUGUAAUUUUUUGAGCCACUGUUUGAGAGAGAUAGAAGAAGAAACAGAUGCUUGUCACUGACUUGGCAGGAAGCAAAGAGGCUGUUGUAAGUCAGUGAAAUGUUUGGUUGUGUCUUCUAAAUGUCAGCGAACAUUGAUGUAACUCCUGUAGUCUCUGUUGGAGCUGAAGGGCCCCACUGGGUAUUCCUCACCACGUAAGGCCUCAGAGGGGACGAAGAAUUCAUUGUUUGGAGCACAGCAGGUGAAGUCCACAGCUUGAACACACCUGCAGUGUUUCAAGUUUUUUUGUUUUUUUGUCCUCAUCUCUUCCAUCUUCCAUCCUCUCCCCUCUCCAAAGUCGAGCCUUGCGGCAGAGCCGUCACACCCCCGGGUGAAAAUGUGGCCCUCUGGCAGCUGCAGGCUCUGUCGAACAAAAGUUUUAAUUUCAGUGUCUCCAGCACCACUCAAAGAAGUUUAACACAAACUGAUGUGACUGGACCAGCAUGGUGAAGGAGACGUGGACGUUGGUCGUGUAUUGUACAUACAGUAUGAAUUGCUGCUGCCUUCUUAUGAACUGUUGGUUCUGUGUCUGUGUUAAUGACUCCAAUGUUUACAUGAACCACUAAGUAUCAGGGACUUGAACAAGAUUACUUGAAUAUGAUGCCAUUGAAACAUGCCAUAGCUUUUUAUUUAUGAUGACGUUUUUUCCCUUGCUCUUGUUUUGUUUUUAUUUCAUUUUUGUUUGAUGUAGUGUAGCUUUUUAUACCAGCUUAGAAACACACCAUUGAUUAAUUAUAGCUUUGUUUUGUACCAUUUCAUAGAAACUGUGUAUUCAGGCUCAGGUUUCAAGGCUGAAACUAGCAGCCUUCAUUAUUCUGUGCUUUAUGCUUUAAAGUGGAUGCUAAUGCAGCAUCUGCGGGGGUUGGAAUAUUCCCCUUCUUCAUCACUGGACCAUACUCUGCUACAAGUCAGUAACUAAAUGCAUGAAACGGUCGGUUCACAUCGUAGUGGGACAACCUCAUGGUCACUGGUUUCACACACUACAUCUGUAGCUAGUCGACGGUAAUUGCUUCCCAGAAUCCUAAAGCUGCAGUGCCCAAUCUUCCACUUCCUGCUUAAGUGUAAACACAUCCAGAUACUCAGUGCCGGUCACAAGCGUUGCCCACUGGUUACCACGGCGAUACCUUAAACGGCCGUGGACCCCAGGUUCUUCUUGAAUGCCGUUGACUGAAGAGUGAUACAGCUUCAGCCAGCAAUUAUUUUCAUGACCGAUUAAUCCGUCUUGUCAGUUUGUCUAAAAAUGACAGAUUAAUCGUGAAAAUGCCAUCGUGAUUUUCCACAGCUCACAGCGAUACAUUCAGAUGGCUUGUUUUCCAAGACCUGCAGUCCAAAACCCAAAGAUAUACAGUUGGCUAUCAUUCAGAGAAGAUGCAAGUAAAGAAUUUUGGGCAGUUUUGCUUGAAAAAUUAAAAAAAAAAAAGCUAACCUUUCUGUGGAUCCACUAAUAGUCACAGCUGUACUGUGGCCCCCAACUUCUGGAAUGAUGUUGACUGACACUAAAAGCUGCUCGGAGUUUUGGAAAAUUGUGACCUUAACUUAUGAUAUGUAACUGUCGCCAUUUCACACCUGAACCUUGAUAUGUGUGUAUUUCUCAAGUUCUGACUAUUCAAGCUGUUUCUUUGCUGUUGACACUGGACUAUUCAUGUCGGGCCUCGUGCUCAGCAGUGGCCAUGCUUGUGCUGUGAACCUUAGAUUUGCAGUCAGACAUGUGCAUUUCUUAGAUAACACUGCAUGAAGCCUUCUGAAACUGCAACACUCAGACUAUUAAAGUCCUGAACUCACCAAACCUUUGUUUAUUUUUCUGCCACUGAAAAGAGCGUGUCAGUGUGCUUCUCAGUGAUAUGAAGAUACUAUUCCUUUUGUUUUAAUCUUUUAUGUACAGUUUUGUUAAAAUUUUCACAUUCCCUUUCAGUGUAUUUUAGUUGUGAUUCACCUGAUGAACGCUGUUGGUGUGAACUAGAUUUUUUUUUAGAGUUCAACUUGCUCUUUUCUUCAAUUCAUGAGCAACUUCUCUCUGAGGUGUCAAAGGUGCAAUAUGUUGUUUUUCUGUUUAAGCUGUCCACAGCCAUCACUGUCUCGUGUACACCACUGGUUCAUCUUUUGUAACUUAUUUUUGAGUAUUGUGUGAUUUGACUUGCUGUAGCUUGAUCUCCUCUGGAGGGCAGUGGGCUCUGAACACAAUUAAUAUGUUGCAUAUUGCAGCCACCUUUCUUGAGUGAUAGAUAUACCUGAAUGCUUUUGUCUUUUAGCUAUUUAGAGACUUACCGUGCAUUUUUCCCCUCCCGUGAAAGGUGCCGAUGUCACUCACACCAAACAACACUUGACUAAUGUGAUAGUAAUGAAAUGACACCACAAACUUACAAUUUAUAUUUUUGUAUUAUUUUGUACCAAUUUGUAGUCUUGGUUUAUGUGACACUGAACGAUUGAAGGAAUUCUUUUAUCGUAAUGUGCCAUGGAAAAAUAAACACACAAGUGAGCUGA